AAUUACGCAAAAAAAUGUAUUAAACAAUUUGCAGGUGUUGCAGAAUGGUAAAAUCAACAAUAAAACUCUUCUAUACUGGUGCCGUGGUAUUUGUUCUGUUGAUUUUUUUUAUAGAUCGGGAAAUUCUUCCAGAAUCCGUCAGAUUGUUGGGAAAAGGAACUGCAGAAUAUAACGAUCAAACGAUUUACGGAAUUACGUCCACGUAUGCAAGGCUUACCCAGAAAGCAGAUCUCACGAGAUUAAUUUAUACUUUAAUGCAUGUUCCAAACUUUCAUUGGAUUUUAAUUGAAGAUUCGGUAGAGAAGACGCCGCUGGUUAGAAGGCUCUUGCAAAAAUCAGGACUAAAAUAUACGCAUCUUAAUAAAAAGAAUAAAAAGAACAGCCAUCACAAAAGUGGGGUGAAAGACUUAUUAACAAGAAAUGCCGCUUUAGCUUGGGUUAGAAAUAACGUUACACAAGGUGUGGUUUACUUUAUGGAUGAUGACAACACCUAUGACUUGAAACUGUUUGAAGAAAUGAGAACAACUAAAGUGGCUUCUGUAUGGCCGGUGGGGCUGGUCGGUGGCUUGGUCGUCGAAGGCCCAGUUCGGUGUAAAAAUGGCAAAGUUUUAACGUGGCGUGUAACCUGGGAAACAAACCGAACCAUCCCGAUUGAUAUGGCUGGCUUUGCAAUCAACACUGCUCUCUUGCGCCAGCAUCCGGACGUGAAAUUUGUAGACGCGUUUGACCUGGAAUCAAUAUUCUUAGGCGAUCUUGGUUUAACAAGAGAUAAAAUGGAAGCCAAAGGAAAUAACUGCAGGGAAGUUAAUGUAUGGCACACACAAACUGCAAAAGCGAACCUUUAUCAAGAAAAAGUCGCCCAACAGCUAGGAGACGAAUAUAAUCCAAUUAUUGAAACGUGAAUAUGUCUAAUUUAUAUACUAUUCAAGGAUUUAAUAAACAAAUAUACUUUGGACAAAA